AUUUUACGCCUUGUUUUGUCAAGGUCAUUGGUGUGUGGUUCAUUUAUAGUGUCGUAGUGUCUUCCUGUUGCUCAAAAUGGACUGGUACAGAUUUUCAGGGACUUCAGACAAAAUGAUACUUCUGGCCGUGGUCCUGGUGUUGAUCGUACGGUACUUAAAUCCGUUCGGCACCUUUUUGUCAGCGUACUAUACGGAAAUAAAAAUCUUCUACGUAUGUUUAACGUACACCAUAGUACUUUUCGUGUACUCAAACCCAAAAUUCAUAAAAACGUACGAAAACCAUUUGGAUUCUUUCCGAAUCGAAUUUGUCAUAUGUGCAAUCCUGUGUCUUGCGCUAGUCUACAACUGUACAGCAGCUGAAGUGUUUUGGACUUCCAGUCGAUACGUGGAAGCUGCAGUCGUCUGGCCACAUUUUGUCAUGGUCAACAAAUCAAAACAAGUCAGAACUGUAGUGUUUGUGUAUUUUGCAGCUCUAGGUUUGUACCGACUGAUUUACAUUGCAGACUGGGGCUACAAAUAUUAUAUGAGUGAUCACUAUGAUCUGCUACCUGUUAUUCCUGGGAGUAUACACCCACUAGUGUUUUGGAUUUUGUGUCUUACAAAGGUUGUGACGAUUACAAACGACAAAAAGUCAUGGUUUGGCAAAAAUUUAACCCAGAGUGAUACAAAUGGUAUAUUCGUUAUUCAAGUGCCUGGGGGAUUUGAUUCCAAAGAUGGAAAGUUGGUACUAAUUGAUCAUUGUGAAGAUGCAGAUCAAGAAGCAGUUGCCACACUGACGCAAAAGCAAGAAAUGCCACCCGUACAUAAAACAUAAUAAGUAUUAAGUUUUCCUGCAAAUAUAAAGUUAUUAAAAACAGUUCAAUUGGUUUAAACAUUGUUAAAUUAACCCCGAAAAUGUGCAACUUUUUUGUGUUCAGUUUUGAUUUCUGUUGGUGGCAGCAACAUCGGAGCGUUUGGAGCUCCAUUUGGGCUUAAAAGUAGC